CUCAAGGAACAAGUUCAAUUGACCGCUACUCAUCAUGAUUAUUUACACUGACGUUAUUUCUGGAGACGAAUUGUUGUCUGACGCUUACGACGUAAAGGAAGUCGGUGGUGUCAUCUACGAAGCUGACUGUGCUAUGGUCACUGUUGGUAACGGUGACAUCGAUAUCGGUGCCAACCCUUCCGCUGAAGACGGUGAUGAAGACGUUGAAGACGGUGCUGAAACCGUUAACAACGUUGUCUACUCCUUCAGAUUGCAACAAACUCAAUUCGACAAGAAGUCUUUCUUGACUUACAUCAAGGGUUACAUGAAGGCUGUCAAGGCUCACUUGGCUGAAAAGAACCCAGAAGAAGUCGAAGUUUUCGAAAAGGGUGCCACCGCCUACGUCAAGAAGAUUGUCGGUUCUUUCAACGACUGGGACUUCUACACAGGUGAAUCUAUGGACCCAGAUGCCAUGAUUGUCUUGUUGAACUACCGUGAAGACGGUACCACCCCAUACGUUGCUAUCUGGAAGCACGGUGUCAAGGCUGAAAAGAUCUAAGCAUGCUCUGUAUAGUGUACGAAGCAUUGUUUAGAAAUUCUUAUUUAGUUCAUAGUAUUUUAAUUGAAGACAAAAACAUCGC